CAUUCUCCCACUUGAGCGGGCAGUCAAGUAAAAGAUAGAAGUUUAUACGGAAAGCUUGAUCUCUUUUGCACCACACACAGCUCGCAAUAAAACUCGAAAUAAAAAUCCCAUGCUAAUCGCGUGGGUAUUCAGUCGGAAAUUCCUGCCCAUUCUCCAUUUGCAGAGUGUGUGGAAACAUUUUUUCGUGUUGAGUCUUUUUUGCCCUUUUUAUUUUCUUUGAAUUUAACAAAAAAAAUCGCAUUCGUGGGUGUAUUUGUGAUUUUUGUGUAUUGCCUUCAUCUUCCUUUUUUUCGCGGGGUGAGAUUUCUCUGUGAAUUUGCGCAUUGAACGCAACUUUGGAGCACAUCUCCGCGUACAUAGAUCGGAAGUGGUGAGCUGGAGAAGAAAUUUUUUGUGUUAAAUAUAUUUUGUUAAAAAUAUUCCACAAGUGCAGUUUUUUGUGCUUCACCGUGGACGUCAUCUUCUGUGUUCUGACGAGAGAAAAAAUUCUAAAUAGAAUAUUGUGUUCUGUGUGUGGUAGUUUCUUUUUUGUUGAGGGCUAGGCCGUUUGUGUGGAAAAAUUCCCCGCAGUUAGAAGGACACUCGAGGAACUUUUCAGGGGACAUUCAUUGACAAGUUGUCCCGAAUUUUGAAGAGAUUUUGUGACAAGGCACAAGGAAGAUUAAAGAAAACGACGGACCAUGAGGCUCGUCUACGAGGCUACACUUGAGAGCUUUGCUGUACCAACAAUCGGCGAACUCAGCCAGUUUAUCUCACUAUCCUCGCUUCCACGGUGGGGUCAACGGCAAAUGCAUUCGCACCGACCAACCGACUACUCAGGCAUUGUGGAUCAGCCACGUCACAAGCUCAGCCCCUUCCCUCAUGUCCAACACAUCAAUGAGCGCCUUAUUCUGUGGGAUGGUGAUAUCUCACUGCUGAAAGUGGAUGCCAUUACAAAUACAACGGAUGAAACACUAACGGAGAGAAAUUCAAUUUCUGACCGCAUCCUUGGGCGUGCUGGACCCGAACUCCGUGUAGCCGUGCAGCAGGACAUUAAGUACUGCCGGACAGGUGAAGUGCGCCUCACAAAGGGCUACAGUUUGCCCGCCAAGUACGUCAUCCACACCGUGGGACCCAUUUACAGUGACAAGUACAAAACUGCAGCUGAGAAUACACUUCAUCUCUGCUACAGGAACGUCCUGCACAAAGCUCACGAAUACGGACUGAAGACAAUCGCCUUGUGCGUCAUCUACUCCGCUCAGAGGAACUUCCCACCGGAUUUGGGUGCUCACAUCGCCCUACGGACAACACGGCGCUUCCUGGAGCAGUACAAGAGUGAGACGGUGGUGCUGUGCCUGGAAUCACACGAUCGCGGGAUUUAUGAGGUGCUGGCCCCGCUGUACUUCCCACGGAAUCACGUAGAGGAACGAAGUGCCCUGUGGCAGCUACCGCGCGACAUUGGGGGUAUCCUGGGGGAGCCACAGUAUCCCGAUAGACAGAUUCGCAUAAUUCACAACCCCCAGCACGCAGCCAUGAUCGGAGCUGAUGAUGAUUCCGAUACGAGCCCCCAUGAUCUCGAAGGAGGUGAUCUGGACUUGGAGUAUGGACCAAUGGGUGGCUCAGGGUAUGGUCUGGGCUCUCACUUCAACAUAGGACAGCAUUCCUUUUCUCAAAUGCAGGGUGAUCUCGAUCGUCAGCGACUUCUGGGUGAUCGUCCACGCGUGGGUGUGUACGAGAGUGUCAUUGCUGAUGGUCUGGAGGGCAUAGAGCAUCAAGAGAGGUAUGAGAAAUUGCUACGACGUGCAAGGACGGAAGAUUUGACGGAAGUUUCGGGCAUUGGGUGCCUCUACCAGAGCGGUGUUGAUCGCCUAGGACGACCCGUUGUGGUGUUCUGUGGCAAAUGGUUUCCCGCCCAGAAUGUGGACCUCGAGAAGGCGAUGCUGUACCUAAUCUACCUCCUCGAUCCCAUCGUUAAGGGUGACUACGUGAUCGCGUACUUCCACACUCUCACCAGCUCCAACAACUACCCCUCGCUCCACUGGCUGAGAGAUGUCUACAGCAUAUUGCCGUACAAAUAUAAGAAAAAUCUAAAGGCUUUCUACAUCGUUCACCCCACAUUCUGGACCAAGAUGAUGACAUGGUGGUUCACAACCUUCAUGGCACCAGCCAUCAAAGCCAAGGUUCAUUCCCUGCCUGGCGUAGAGCACCUCUAUGCUGCCAUUACGAGGGAUCAGCUCGAGAUUCCCGCCUACAUCACUGAAUACGAUAUGACGGUUAACGGACUCCACUACUUCCAACCUGACGCACAGACUUCGCCGGCGUCCUAAUUGUCUGCAGCAGACAUCGUCUACGUCUAGGUGUCUCCAACUUCCCCAAAAUUAAGAAUGAAAAGGACGAUGCGCGAAAAGUAUUACCACGCGAACAGUCGCAAAGGUUAAGCCGAAAAGCCCAGUGUGGGUGUGUGUUAUAGCAUAGUAACUGAUAUAUACAUAAAUUAGCCUAAUAUUAAGGACACUCUGAAAAAGAAGGAAGCAGGAAAACUGGCCCAAACGGGCACGCGAUUUAGCAUGGAAAGAUGGAGAAAGCGCGAGCGAAAAGGAAUCAAAUAAAUGUAGGUUAGGCGAAUGGCCGCGUUUGAGCGAUAAAAAAAGAGGAGUUUACAAUUAAAAUAUUCUUAUGAAAUCCAUUUAAUAUAUAUAUAAUAGUAACUAAUAACACAUGAUUAUAUAUAGCGAUACGUACCUUUUCUUCUAGAUCAAUUUUCAACAUUUUCACGCUGAUUGUUUAGGUUUUUGCUCUUCUCUCACGUGGUGGGUUCAUUGGUCUUCACAAGAAAUCCUCAAAGAGAAAAUGAAAAAAAAUUCAUUAAGAGAUUUAAUAAGGGAUUAUUUGUUUAGUUCUAACAUCCCCAAAGUGCCUAAUAGGAUUAUUUUGCUUGUAUAAAUUCGUAAAAAAAUAUAUUUAGGAUGUUUCAAAGUGAGAAAUUGUUGAUUUUUAUUUUUGAAAAUUGAUUUAGGGAAAGAGCACAGUGUUGAGAUACUAAAAUCCAAAAUGAAAUGAUAAAGAAAAAAAUAUUAUUAAAAAGAUUUUAUUCCCAAAAAAAGCUUAAUUAGUACUUAAAAAUUGGGGGUUUACAUUGCCGUAGUUUGGGGCCGUAGGUAGGUUUAUGGUGCGAUGAAGAAGGGUAGAAAAGGGAGUUUAAUUUUGAAGGGAAUUAGGUGUGAGCUUUGACUUAAAGGAGGGUUUGAAUUAAACCUGGAAAAUACAUUAUAACAUUAAAAAAUAUUUUUUUUGUAUAUUUUAGGGAGCUUUUAUUUAAAUCUGAUUUCUAUCAAUUUAAUGAGUAAAAUCCCUUAAAACUGAUUCCCUUCAAAAUUAAAUAAAAUAAAAAAGAUAAUGAUUACAAUAUUGUUAUUAAUUUAAUGAGAUAUACAUUUAAAAAAAGUUACUAAAAGACUAUGCGAAAUAUAAUAAAAGAGGAACAUUUCGUGAAAACUCCGCAGAAAUGUUUUGAGAAAAAUAAAAAAAACUAUUGUAAAAAGAAUUUAAAGAAAUUGUUAAAAAAAAUAUUUUUUCUAGUUGAGAUAGAAGUUCUUUAGUUUAAGCCAUUUUUGCAUUUCUCGUGCCAAGUUAACCAUCAUUGAAUAUUUGUGAAAGUUUUGUAGUUUUGGAAGUGAGAGAGCUUUUCACCCACCACCCACUCACCAUCCCCCAUUAAAUUCACCCCCACUCCUCAGAUUUUCUUCUUCCUGUGCCCACAAAAUUCAAAAUUCCACCGCAAUGUGAAGAAUAAAAAAAAAUAGUCAAAAACCCGCUGAAGGUUAACGAGUGAACCACCUGAAAUCAACGUAUUUUCUAUGCAUGUACAUUUAAAAAAGAAAAAAAAAACUAAAAAGAAAUUAAUCUGCGACAAAACCACAAUGUACAAAAAGAAGAAGAAAACAUUGAAAGAGCAUUGAACUAUUUUUUUUAGAGGGAAUGAUAGGAAAAAAAGAAAAGAAGGAUCUGCAGAAAUAAAUCUUUAAUGAAAAAAAAACUUUUAAACAAUUUUAUUGAACAACUUAUAGAGAAAAAUAAAUCACAGAGAUGCUGUAAAAAAGAAGAAAAAAGCUGUUACUUAAAUGCUUAAAAUAAAUACAUAGAGGAUAUAUUUGUAAAUAACAGGGUACAUAGGAAAAAUUAUUUUCAGUCGAAUUUUUCUCGAAUGCGCGGCUUCUUAAAAAAAAAGAUAAACAAAGAUAUUAAAGCAAUUCCAUUAAAUUAAAAAAAGAAAGAAAUUAGAAAUUCGAUUGUAGAAAAGAAAAUUUUAUUAAAAAAUAUAUAUUGUGGUUAAUGAUCUAGGAGAAAGAGAAAAAGUCCUAAUGCAAAAAAAACACAUAAUGAGGAUUUUAGGACUCGCAAAUGGAACUAGAAAAAAAAUAACAAGGUUACGAGGCAUAGGAUAUAUAUUAAAAAUUGUAGAUAUUUUAUCUUUAAAAUUGAGAUAUAUAUAUGAAAAACAAAAUGAUGAUUAUUGGCAAUCGUUGGUCGAGUGUGAUUUAAUAAAGAAAGUUAUAAAGAAUUAUGAAAA